UCCGGUUCGUGGCAGUUGAUUGCGCAUAAAACUUUUGUGGCUGCCUCAUGUGCAACUUGAAAACAAAGUACGUCUCGGCCCUGUGAAAAUGCAAAUUUGACAUACGAAAUUCACUCCAGUGGUGUUUAUAGUCGGUCGGUGGAAUUGCUCAUACAGUGCUACCUGGUCGUCUACAUCAUCCCUAUAGCUAUCCCUUCGAAACUCUGUAGAGUCCUGGCGGGGGGCAAGACAAACAACGCAUCCGUUUCCGGUUCUUUCUGUUGAUUGUUACCUAUACUUGCAGUCCCUGUGUCGUUUUUCAUGAAUGAAAUUUUAAUUUCGUGUGUGCGCGAGUGUGUUUGUGUGAGCCGUGAGUCCAGUUUGAGCCCGAACUCCAGCGGUGUCAACUGACGGCUCACCGAUCGCAUUGUCGUCAGUGCACCGUAAAGAUCUUUAUCGCAUUUUAAAUACAAACGUUCUGGAGCAGAAGGCAAGACCAGGUUGUCAGGUAGAAAACGGAAACCAAACAUCGGCCCGGCCAGGUUAAUGCGGUUUAUUGUUCUAUGAACGCAGCUCUGUUUAAGUUUCGCACGCUGAUAAAGAGGACCUCCUCGCCCAACCCAGCCAUCAGAAUGUGGUCAAAGCUUAGCCCAAUUCUCAUGCUCUCGCUGCUAUGCGCCCUGGCAGCGGCCAAUGACCUCAAGGAUCUACUACAGGACAGCACCACAAGCACGACCAGCUCAACCACCCCUCCACCGGCUCCAUCACCAUCGCCGACGCCAUCGCCAUCACCAACCACACCCACCGCCUAUGUGGUAUCUGCAGCUGCGGUACCUGCCCCGGUUUCCGGUAAAGGAAAGUCCAAAUCCUCCAACGCGAAAUAUGUCAACAAGAGUUCACCGCGAAAACGCAAGGCGGGACAGGUUUCGUCACUGCCGCUCCCUGUUGACGAUGACCUCAUGGAGUGGAAGUGCCCCAAUAUCACGGGCACACGGAACGCGGAACUGGAAUGCGGAUGCGACCUGCCCCAUACUCUUCGGUGCAACAUCGAUCUGCACGGCAUGUUGCUGCUGGCAGAAAGACUACGAACCUCUCCCUAUUCGAUAUCCUUGCUGGAUUGUUCCUUGCGCAAUGUGACCUUCCUGAGCGACGCCAAGAUCUUUGAUGGCGUUUCGCUGCACGGUCUUGUAAUCUCUUCCGGCGAAAUUAAGCGAGUUCACAAGUCCGCUUUCCUAGGAAUCCGAGGACCUCUUCAGGCACUGGGACUACCCGGAAACGCACUGAUGAGCGUGCCAUGGAACGCUUUAUCUACGCUGAGCGCCUUGGAGCGUCUGGAUCUGGCCAAUAACAAGAUCAAAGCCCUGGGAACUGCCGACUUUGUUGGUUUGACCAGUUUGGUUUACUUGGAGCUGAGCAACAACCAGAUCUCAAGCAUUUCCCAGCGUACAUUCGUUAAUCUUCGCAAGCUGGAGGUGCUGAAGCUGGGCGGGAAUAGGUUGGGUGACUAUGCUCAAAGUUUGAGGUCGCUAAGCCAGUGCCUCAGUCUACGGCAAUUGGAUCUGCAGGCCAACAACCUGAAUGGACCACUUAGUGAGCAGACUCUCCCAGGAAUGAGGAACCUUGAAAGCUUAAAUCUUAAUAGGAAUCUCAUAAAGAGCGUCCAGAACAAGGCAUUGGCCAACUUCUCGAGACUGGUGAGCCUCUCUCUGCGCCAUAACCAGAUCGAUGUCCUGCAGGAUCAUGCUUUCUUUGGUUUGGGAGCACUGGACAGCCUGGAUCUUAGCUACAAUGGCAUCGUAGCCAUCUCCAGUGCUUCACUGCAACAUUUGUCCCGUUUGACCGUACUGGAUCUUACCCAUAACUUCCUGCGAGCAUUGACCUCGGAUUUGAUAGCACCGUUACCAUCUCUUCGGGAGUUACGUUUGGCGGGCAAUGAUAUCUCGAUUGUGGCCAGAAAUGCCAUGGAUGGGGCUCGGGAACUUGAGAAUCUGCAGAUGCAGGAGAAUCCUCUCUCAUGCGAUUGCAGCAUCCGUCCCUUCGCCGAGUGGCUGCAGGAGUCCCAGCUGAAAUCCAGCCUGAGUGCUUCUUGUGUGACGCCGCCAAGGCUGGAGGGAGCUCCUCUUCUCCAGGUUCCCGUGGAGACUCUCAGCUGCGACAUGGACAACGUGGAGAAGGAUAACGCCAACAUCAUCCAGCAUCUGGAGACCCUGGCAAAACCAAACCAGACGUCGCCUAUUAAGGACCUUUCCGAGGAGAUUAUUCUACAUGAGCUGCACUUUUCGGCGGACUAUGGCUUGAUCCUUACCUGGCUGCUGAAUCUUAGCAAAAAAGACUAUAUGUGCGAUGCGAUCUUUGUUUACAAAGAAGAGCACAUAAACGAGAUUCUUAUAGACAACUCACCGAUCCAUUGCGAGAGUAAAGUAGUCAAUGGUCAGAACACAGUCAGCGUCAUAGUGCCGGAUAGUUCUUCUCUGGAAAUAGGCGAAAGCUAUCGCUUUUGCCUGGUCAUGAUCCAGGAAAAGAAUCCAGAGGCGGAUCUUAACAUCGGCUGCUCAAAUAUAACCCAGCUGGAGAGGAGCAGUCCGGGCUCAGUUCCGUUAUCCCGUCAGUACCAGCGACGUCCCUACUACAGCGCCAAUGAACUAAAACCAGAGACGGUCCAUGAAGCUGGUGAGGAUUACCAGUUGAAUCAGAGACGCUUCAAUUCGGUGGUCGGAAGUCAACCCCAACAGACGCAGCAAUCGACUUUGCUUCACAGCUAUACGGUUAUUGAUUCGCUGAACAAGAGUUUCUUGCCAGGAUUGGGUCUUGGAGUGCUGGUCACUUCUGUCUUGGUCCUGAUCUGGGGAGCCACGAGGAUCCGUCAGUCGGGCGGCAGUAAUGGCAAUGGAAGCGGUGGCAGAAAUAACGAUAGCAUUGGCAGCAACAGCAGCAGUAUGCACAACAAUAAUAAUAACAGCAGGCCGGGUACUCCGACGGCCACCACCUGCUAUGCCGCCUCGGAUCACAUAGCCCGCUUGGCGGAUGCGGAAAACGGGACGCGAUACCUCAAGCUGCAGGCCACGACUAGCCUGUGAGGCGGCAGCAGAAGCAUCAAUCAGCAGGAUGUUGCACCUGCCCACUCAAUAAACCAUGUGAUAGUACAGUAACGACUGUACCGACUUCAGUAGCUGUAGACGAUAUAUAUACGUAGUCCUAAGUUCCACUGCACUAAUCCAAAUAGUUGGCCCACACUAACCACCUUGUGCCAUAAGAUAAUCGAUACGUAUCCCGAAACUCCCAUAUAUUCAACUUAUAUAUACAGCCGUGGUCAAAGGAAUAGGACUAGGAAUAUUGGUCAACUAAGUAUUUACAUUUCAGUUGAAGACCAUUUAUCAAAUAAAAACUUUCACUAAACUUUCCAUUUAUUCCUUUGACCUCUUCUGUCCAAAUUCCUCAUUUCGAGACCCUUACGUCUCAUCCAGAACUAGUGUUAACUUAGUGUUACGCCUCCUUUUUGUUAGGAACGAAACUCGUAAGUCAAGACCCUUUAGAAUUAAGGCUUUAAUAAUUUAUUAACAAAUUCAAAGCACACAAUAGGAAAGAGAAACAUAACAUCAAGUAAAUAAAAGUGAAAUGAGAAAUAAAAGCCAAUUGCAAUCGAAAUGGAG